AUGCAAAAUUGCUUCACCUCUUUACUGACGGAGAAAGCAGGACUGCUUCACCUCUAUACUGACAGAGAAAUCUUUUUACCAAAACUCCUCCUAACGGAGAUAGCAACAUUGACAAAACCUCUACUGACGGAGAUAGCAAGAUUGGAAAAACCUCUACUGACUGAGAUAGCAACAGUACCAAAACCUCUACUAACUGGGAUAGCAACAUUACUAAAACCUCUACUGGCUGGGAUAGCAACAUUACCAAAACCUCUACUGACUGGGAUAGCAACAUUGGAAAAACCUCUACUGACUGAGAUAGCAACAGUACCAAAACCUCUACUAACUGGGAUAGCAACAUUACCAAAACCUCUACUAACUGGGAUAGCAACAUUACCAAAACCUCUACUAACUGGGAUAGCAACAUUACCAAAACCUCUACUAACUGGGAUAGCAACAUUACCAAAACCUCUACUGACUGGGAUAGCAACAUUACCAAAACCUCUUCUGACUGAGAUAGCAAGAUUGACAAAACCUCUACUGACUGAGAUAGCAAGAUUGGAAAAACCUCUACUGACUGAGAUAGCAACAUUACCAAAACCUCUACUAACUGGGAUAGCAACAUUACCAAAACCUCUACUGACUGGGAUAGCAACAUUACCAAAACCUCUUCUGACUGAGAUAGCAAUAUUGACAAAACCUCUACUGACGGAGAUAGCAACAUUGACAAACCCUCUUCUAACGGAGAUAGCAAGAUUGACAAAAUCUCUACUGACGGAGAUAGCAAGAUUGACAAACCCACUACUGACCGAGAUAGCAAGAUUGACAAAAUCUCUACUGACGGAGAUAGCAACAUUGACAAACCCUCUACUGACCGAGAUAGCAAGAUUGACAAAAUCUCUACUGACGGAGAUAGCAACAUUGACAAACCCUCUACUGACCGAGAUUACAAGAUUGACAAAACCUCUACUGACGGAGAUAGAAACAUUGCGAAGCCUCUAUUGA